AUGGAUCCUCUCUCACUGGCCGCCAGCAUUGCUGGCCUGCUGAGUCUCGCCGCUUCUGUCGUCUCGACUGGCUACAAGCUCAAGUCGAAGAUGAGCAAAAAUGUCGAUGACCUUGCAGCUCUACUCAACGAGACAGCGGGCUUCUCCGGAAUUCUUUUAGCGGUCAAAGCACACCUAGAGUCGAAGCCGUCAAUACUCGUGGACCCAGAAUCUAUGGGCAAAAUGCUGGCAGAGAGCAGAAACACACUGGAUGAGAUUGCUGCAUUGCUCGAAAAGCUGUCCACUGCAAACCGCCUCGUGCUAUUAGUGACAAGCGACGGAAGAGAAGAGAGGCUCGAAAAGCUAUUCAAACGGAUUGAGCAGUACAAGCUGUUCUUUAUUUUGUGCUUCCAUUUGGACAGCAGCUCUCAAACCGAAACAAUUCACGUCAGAAUGACAGAGAUUGUCGACAAUUUAAAAACUCUCAACCAAAGUCAGGAAAGGGUCGAGAAGGCCGUUGAAAAGCUAGUAGAUGAGGAACAAGUGAAACACCGCGAAAAAGUCAUACAGUGGCUCGGUUUGGUAACAGAAGAAGAACAUUCCGAUCUAUGCGAACGAAGAGACUCGACUUCAUGCGAAUGGAUCCUCAACCGGGACGAGUUUGGGUCUUGGCUUUCUUCUCAAGGCUCUUCGUUUUUCUGGCUCAAUGGAAUUCAAGGUUCAGGCAAAUCCGUUAUUGUAUCGAAAAUCGUUGCAGCAAUCCAAGAAACGCAUGUCGGUUUGGACGGAAGUGCACUUGCGUUUCAUUACUGCCGUUUUUCCCAUUCGUCAACCCUUUCGCCAAGCCAAGUAGUAGGAUCAUUCAUCGGCCAGCUGCUCAGACAAUCUUCCGACCAAGCCGUCGUCAUGAAAGUUGUGACCGAAUUAUACGAGAAACAUCAGAGACGAUCGACACAUCCAAGCUUUGAGGAAUUGCAAGCCAUCUUCAUGGAUAUAUCCCAAUACUUCAGCCGCAUUUUCCUCGUCAUCGAUGGCUUGGACGAGAUGCCGGAUCGUUGGAGCAUCCUAGACUUUCUGGAGAAUCUUUCCGAGAUAGACGGCGACUUCAAGGUUCUCGUCGCGAGCCGUGCAGAAAUGGACCUGGAAAAUGCCUUCUCGUUCUAUUGCACCAUCACAGUCACACCUGAUGAUAUCACCCCGGAUAUAGAACGGUUCGUUCGAGCGCAAUUCACCAAACGCCGAUUCCGCGGAACGCAAGUGGACGAGAUUGUGCAGGAACUUGUCGCCCGUGCCGAUGGCAUGUUUCUUUGGGUCGUCUGCCAAGUGGAUUACCUUUCCAGCAUUCGAACCCGCGUCACCCCGGCAGUGUUGAAGGCACUGCCACGAAAUCUUGAGCGAACAUUUGAACAAACCUUCCUCAAGCUCCCGGAAGAGGACAGAGUCAUUGCAAAGAGGAUUUUACAAUUCGUCAUGAUGUCUAACAACCCCCUUGACCUGGCUGAGUUGAUCGAUGGUAUCGCAAUCACCGCUGAUACUCGAUCCCUUGCUGAUGUGAAGCAAAACACACUGGCCCGAGAGACAGAUGUUUUCGAUCUGUGUGGAAGCUUGGUUCGCCAGUCUCAGGCAACUGGCAAGAUAGAGUUGGCUCACUACUCUGUCUACACGUUUCUCAAGUCUGCUUACCUCGAGGGGAACCGCCCGAAUGAGAUACAUAUAGAGGAAGCACAGGGCAAUAUUGAACUUCUCAUGGCCUGUGCUCGGUACUUGAGUAUGAAGGAUGUCUGCACUACCGGCUUACCAGCAGAGGUAGAAGAGGCCCUUGCGGACGACGACACUUAUGUCAACCCUGAGAUAUUUGCGACCACGCCGUUCUUGGAGCAUGCGACUAAUAACUGGCCGAUUUACGUUUCGAGAAUAGCAGGGGAGCCUCUGGAUGACGUAUGGAAGACCGUCUUGCUCCCAUUCUUCCAACCGAGCGAGGACUACUUCAACUUCUGGGUCAAAAUAUCGCGAUACAUCCACGGGCAACACAAAUAUCCUCGAGAGAUGACGCCGCUCCAUGCAGCUGCUCUACACGGGCUUCCACGCCUUGCGCAAUUUCUCAUGACUGACCCUUCCUUGGGUAACGCGCAGUGGCAGCCUUCACACACCACCUGGGGAUAUAAGACACCAUUACACACUGCCAUUGAAAAUGGGCAAGAAGAAGUGAUUGAGACUUUCUUGAUUCCAAGUUACAUUCGCUCGACCGAUGAGAAGGCCCAGACUCCUCUUCACAUCGCUUUGGAGUCUGGAGACGAGGUAGUCGCCAUGCAGUUGAUCACAGUAGGUGCCAAUGUCAAUUCACCGGAUAUCGAUGGACGAACCCCGAUUUUCAUUGCCAUUGAGAACACUUGGGAGGACCCUGCUGCGAUGCUAUCGGAAAUGGCGGAUCCCAAACUUGCCAUGCGGGACGGACGUGAACUUCUCCACGUCGCAGCUCAAACCGGGAGCACAGCGUGGACUUCGGCUCUUCUAGAGUUCCACAUUGACCAUAUAAACGCAGUGGAUCAAAGCGGUUGGACACCAUUGCUUUACGCCAUUGACCGAGGAUUCGCAGAUGUGGCCAAGACGUUGCUGGCGAAGGGUGCUUGUAUCGGAAUAGAAGACAAGAAUGGCUGGACACCUUUGCACGCUGCCAUGCGACACAAACACCUCGACUGCGCCAAUCAGAUUCUGACUUCUAAGAAUCAGAGACACGUACCGUCACAUGUGGGAGUUGGAGCCAGCGGUACUGGAUUUCCAAGUGAUCUCUCCCAACAAGAACGAGAUCUGAUGGCUGCAAAGUAUGGAAGGGCGAGCCGAGAUGAUGCACCUAGUGGCGCUGGUGGUGGAAGCUCAUCCUCGACUCAAAACGUUCCUCCCUUACCACCUACAAGUUUCAGUCAGUCCUCAACAGUAGGCUCUCCACUUCUGGUUGCUGUUUCGAAUAACUUCAUACCGGGAGUUGAAUUGCUCUUGAAACACGCUGAGGAACAUGGCCGAGGUAUCAUUGGGCUGUUAGAGAAUGACGGCUCAUGCCUCAAAAUGGCCAAAUCUCUCCCCAACGCGGCUCUCUUUGCGAUGCUGCUUUCAGUUUCAACACUCUCCAGUAUCGUGGCAGUCCUUCCGGAGAUUGCAGCGGAGAAAGACGAGAAAGUUAUCACGGCGAUGCGUCAAAAGCUUGACGUCCAGUUCAUCCAUCAAAGUGUCUUGCCGCAGAUCAUCACAAGCAAGGCGAUAGACAUCCAAGUUGCCAACUUCUUGCUCGACUGUUGGCCGCCAGCGAGGGAGACACUCCCAGAGGAUAUUCUUCAUGUGGUUGCGCGGUGCUUAUUUUCAGACCAUGGCUCUCGUUUCGCGACUCGGCUCAUUGAAGGGGGAGCACAAAAGUCCCACGAAUCUUCUGCCGGCUGCACAUCGCUACGUGAGGCGAUUCAGAGCAACAACUGGGAUGUGGCUCAAGUUUUUAUCACGAACGGCAUGUUGUAUUCUCAGGCAGUUCCUAACGCUCUCCAUGACAUCAUUGAGAACGUGCGGUAUGAGGGCGACGACACAGAGAAAAAGGUUCUGAAGACAGCCGCCAUGCUCUUGAACGCUGGAGUCGACAUCAACGGCGUCGACCUAACAGGUCGAACCAUCUGCCAGAAAGCAGCCACUGAGAUCAACAGUACCCUGCUGAAAUGGGCACUGGAAAACAAUGCCAGUCCAGCGCAGGCUGAUCCAAGAGGAGACACGGCCGUGAGUGUCGCGAUUGCUUUCGCCCACACCGAGAAUCUGCGACUCCUUCUCAAUGCCAUCAUCCAGACAAUGCCGGAUGAACUGGUUCGCAUUUUUGCUUCUUCUGGGGUUAGAAAGCCGGCCAUGAUUGCAGCUACAGACCUUCGCAACAUUGAGAUUUUGACAGCUCUGAUCGAGGCUGAUCAGAUGGCGGCAACUAUCGCAGAGGAUAUUUAUGACCCCGCACACCAGAGUAUGAGAUUGUCAGUCUUCACUAACGCUCUCUGCAAUGCCAUCCGGAAUGGGUUUGACCACGGUGUCCUACAACUGAUUGAAGCAAUGGACGAUGUAUCGUGUUUGAGUUCAACUGGUGAAACGCCGUUGCACGUCGCCGUACGGCAGGAAAAUGAGGGCGUCGUCAGGAUACUCCUCGAGCGCGGGGCGCAACCUAAUGCCCAAGUGGCAGAGAGUGGUGAAUCGCUGCUUGGCAUCGCGAUGAAUGGUAAACUGCACAACAUCAUACCCAUCCUCUCUGAAUACGGCGCCAUAUAUCAGGAGGGAGACAUUAUGACGGCAGCUAAGAGUGGAAACGAGGAGAUCGUUCGGCGCGUCAUUGAGAUGUACCCAAACGACCUGCGGGGCCAAAUGAAGGCGCUGUUCAUGGCGAGGAAUGACCGGCAACACAACACCGAGAGUAUCCUGCUUCAAAAAGCGGCCUCUUUGUGGGAGCCAGCUCAAAUAGAAGGCAUUAUGCGAGAUGCCUAUGGUGAUACGAAGCUGCACCAAGCGGUUCGAUGCAAGAAUCCAGAACAGGUGGAGACGAUGGGUUCAACGGGGGGCAGAGCACUACUUGAUGCCAAGGAUAUGAGGGGCGACUCUGCCCUGAUGCUUGCUAUUCGGUUGGGUCACUGGGCAAAAGCUGAAGCUCUAGCCCGGGCAGGUUCCGAUAUACAAGUGGCAAUUAAUAGAGCUCGAUCGGAGCACUGUGGUCUCUGGGUUGAGAAAUUGACUGACCUGCAGACUCGCCACAGUGGAAUGCGUUGAUCAGGGAAGUGAGUAAACUGGGCACCAGAGUGCAUUUCUAGCCUAUAUUUGGCCUGUGCUAUAUUGGCUCAUUGUUUUUCACACAUCUUAAUGGAAAGAUAUAGUGCUGAUGGGUAAUGGCUAAGGCCUUUCGAAAUGACUCAUGUGAAGAUGGUCCUACGUGACUAGUGUAUGGUGAGGGGGAUUCAGACCUCAGGUCAAGCAAUGCUGGCUACGCUCUGGUAGAAGCCGACAGGUCUAGUGAGAUAGGAUACCAAAUAAAAAGCUUGUCUGGGUUCAGACACUAAUGUAUCAAAUAUG